AUGCAGCAAGUGGAAUUUGUCUUAAUAAAUGUUCUGGUUCAACAGCAAGUGAUUGUAUUUGUGGAUAAACUACUUUGUCUUAGUGUAGCUCAACUUAGAGGUGUUAGGAUAGUACGGCUGCUUCUGGAAAUUGUUUGAGUAUUUGUACGUCAAACUUUUAAAGUAAUUGUUCUUGUGGGCAAAGUUAAUAUAAUAAUUGUGAUGCCUCUAAAUACUGCGCGAAUGCAUCUGCAGCUUCUGGUUAAUGCUAUGAUAAUUGUACUUCUAGUCUUAGAUCAUCAUGUAUUUGUGGAACCACCUCUAAAUAAGGAUGCUCUAAUUCAUAAACUUGUGAAGAUUCUAAUGCUAGUACUGGUAAUUGCAUUUCAAUUCCAAGUUGUCUUAGUAAUUUUGAUAAUUCCUGUUAAUGUGGCACAUCUUAAAUUUCCCUAUGUUCCUCAUCCACUUAUUGUAGUGAUGUAAGCUAAUCCACAGGAGUUUGCUUAUAAAAUUGCAAUUAAAAUUUAAAAUAAAAUUGCAUUUGUGGAAUUACUAAUAAGGUUGCUUGUAAUAAUACUUAAACUUGCCAAACUGUAACUGAUUUAAAUGGGGUGUGUAUUGAAAAUUGUCAAAGAAAUUUAUAAAGUAACUGUUUGUGCGGUCAUUCGGCAACACCAUUUUGCGGUCAAAAUGAACAUUGCAGAGAUUAUAAAUAGUUUAUGGGAACUUGUGUUUAAGAAUGUAACCAAUUCUAAAAUAACUGUGUAUGCGGUACAUCAUAUUAUUCAGAAUGUACAUCUACAACGUAUUGUUCUUCUAAAUAAGAAGGUGUAUGCUUAGAAUAAUGCUCGCACUCUCAGUAGUCAAGCUGUAUAUGUGGGAUGAAAGUUAAAUAGGUUUGUUCAAGUAAUGAAAGCUGUGUUGAUCCAAAUGAUGAUAAUGGCAUUUGUAAUUAAGGAAUUUGCAUGUAAAAAUUUUAGUCUAAUUGCACUUGUGGGGUUGUUAAUUAAGUUAAUUGCAACAAAACUUAAUAUUGUUUAGAUUUUGCUGCCAUAAAUGGAAGUUGUUUUGAAAAAUGCAAACCAUACUAAAAUAAUUGUUUGUGCGGAAUAGAUAACUAUGACCUAUGUUUUGCUUCCACAUACUGCUUAUUAUAAUCUAGAGGCGUCUGUAUGCCAGAAUGCACUUCAACAGAUCCUCGAAAUUGCGUGGCCUUGUCUGAUAAUUCUGUAUGUCAAGAUUAUUUGAGUACCAUCUAUAAUGCCACCACUGGGAAAUGUGUAUCAAAUUGUCCAGAAAAUGGUUCAACUAAUUGUUUCUGUGGGUUGAUGUCAGCAAAUAUAGACUAGAAACAGAUAUGCUAAUCAGGCUUUGAGUGCAAAAAUGUUGCAACUUCAUAAAGUGAGUGCGUUGAAAAAUGUACAACAAAUAAAAAAUAAAGUUGCUAUUGUGGAUAAGAUAAAUCAUCAUAUUGUGAUGAAAAAUAAACCUGUGCAGAUCCCUCCUAAUAAAUUGGAGAAUGUACAAAUAAUAUUAGCGAGAUUCAAAAUGAUUAACAUUCAAAAAUUAUUCAUUUUGGAAUAUGUGCAAUAAUUGUUUUUUCCUUCAUCAUAUGA